AUGCGAAAGCUUACAGAAAGGUAUAUUCCAGGAACACCGAAGUCUAAAUUACAACUCUUGGUGUUGGAUAUCCUUGCGGUAAAGAAAGGGGAGUUCAUUGACGAGAUAGAGCGGCUUGACGCGGUGCGCAGACAGCAAGAUACAGAGCACUCUCCGCGUCUUGAGACCGGUGACGGUCAGAAUUCAGAACCGGCCAUCACAGAAAAGGAGGUCAUAACUAUCAUCAACGAAUUUGCCAACACCAAGGUUCGACCGUGGAAAAAGAAAAUUAAGAACGCCGUGGUUCAAACAAUCAAGUUGGCCGAAACCACAAGGGAAGACCUUGUGAAGGCAAACGAGCGGAUCACAUCGGUCGAAACCAACUACGGUGAAGCCGAUGCUCGGUGCGACGAUCAUCUCAAGCGAACUAUAGCCUUGGAGGAAAUGACUCCAAAGUUGGUAGAUGACCUCAAGUCGGUCACCCAAAGGGUGGAGGAGUUGGAACGGUUUCAAGAGAAAACCGAGCAACAGCUUACAAAGGUCGAUGAGGACCUGGGGCGGUCAAGCACCGAAGCCGGUUCCACACUUGAUAGGGUCACAAGCCUCGAAGAAAAAAAUACAAGUCUUGAGGAGCGAAACAACAAACUUGAAACCGACCUCAAGGCGGUCACCGAACAGGUGAAUGAGCUGAUCAAUGCCAAGCUUGCUGCCGAUAGAGCGGUUGAGGAGGAAAACGCUGAGGCGGCUAAGAAAAUUCAGGAUGCGCUGGACGAAGAAACGCGGAAAACGAAGGAGGCACCGCGAUUGUCUGAUGCGGACUUGGCCGAACGCGCACGAAAUGUAGCGGCUAGAAAUCCGGCACUUGUAAAGUCCAUAGCAGCUCAAGAGGCCAAGGAUGCAGAGCGGUUAAACACUGAAAAACAAAGGCUCGACGAAUAUGCCAAGGCUCACAAGAAGUCCAGGGCGGCUCCCUCCUCUUCGGUUCCGGCAACACGAAAGAGGAAAGUUUCUGCAAGAAAGACUCAAGUCACCGAGAUGCUGGGCAGAAUUACCAAGACAGUUGUUGACUCUAUACCGGACCCGACUCUGCAAACCGAGAAUGACUUCGAAGAGGAUCUAGAGCCGCGACAUACAAGACAACGAGUUAUCAAUGCGGUUCCAGUCAGCACGGUCGGUCAACCGUUCUCUCCUCACCAGGACAUCACGGGAGCAGGAGGUUCUUCUUCAAGACCGGCUCAACCGGCUGAGGACCAACCAACAGAUGACUUGAUGGGAGACUUCCUGCCAUCCAGAUUGGACUAG